GGUUCCAGGCUCUUGCGUCGCGCGGUCAACCUCCCUGCUUUCGAAUCCGUUUUCUUUCCGGACAGUCAUGGCCAGAUUCUCUCUCGCCUUCGGGAUGCUCGUGGUGGCACUGAUGGCGUCUGCCGAGGCCAGGAGCCCCGUCCCCCCCGGCUAUCAGUGUGGCUUCGUCAUCUGCCCCGCCAUAUACGCCCCUGUCUGCGGCAGCGACUGGAAGACGUACUCCAAUCAGUGCAACCUAGAGGCGGCCAAGUGCAGGAACCCGCGCCUGAGACUCGUGAGGCCGGGAAAGUGCUAGGACCACCGGAACAGAAGCUUCGUUCACGUUGAUUCCUCCUCCAGUCUUCUCUGACACCCCCCCCUCCUUCCCCCCCCCCCCCCCCCUUCCACCUACCUCCAGCUGGACGUCAACGUUGCUACGGCCUUCAGUGAUCACUACGCCAUCGA